AAACCCUGCAUUUCUCAUCCAUCCAUCUUUCUCUACGCAAAUCGUUCGUCAAGGGUAAAGCUUUUGCCUCAUUCUUCCUCGAUUUCUUCUCGAUUGUUUGUUUUUAUCCAGUCGUUGGAUCUUAGCUUUAGCUUGUUUCUUUGGUCCGAUGAUUGCGGAUUGAUACCAAGUAUCCAAGGCUUUGAAGCUACACACUGAAAUUGUGAUCCCGAAAAUAAUCUAGUUCAGUUAACAGUGGAAACAGGGCGGAUACUAAGCAGAUAAAUGUUUUCAUUUCGGCGGAUCUUUUGUUUACUAUCUUCAUCUUUUUGUUUAUAGUCCAUGUUAUAUUGUAUUUGUUUGUAGGAAUUCAUUAAUUUAGAAUGCAUGUUGUUUCUCAGCAAUUAACUAGCAAACUCUCGUCGUCGCCAACAAAAUUUUAAGGAAAGGAUCAUCCUUCAGAGUCCAAUGGAGAAACGAGCUUCUAUUUGUAGGAUGCCAUAGGAAGACAAAUAAGAUUGCAUUUUUUACAUUGUGUUUAAACUCAAUGAGUUUUGUUUUUUGCUAUGCUUGUUGUUAAAUGUAUCUAGCCUUAACCACUUAUUUUUGUUUAUUGUCUCCCAAUAUUUCAUCAAAAGUUGUUUGCUUUCAUGAUUCUUAAAUAUUGCUCUAAUCUAGGUAAAAUCUAAGACCAAAUUAUUUUGCCUUUUUAUAUUUAGGUGGGUGUCUUUUCUCAUGAAAGAUUUCUGGACUAUGUUUAUAUUACUUCCUCUUAUUGAUGCAUUUUAAGAGGCUAUAACCGAUUUUUUCCAUUAGUGCCUAUUCCUUUUUGAUCAUAUGCUCAGCCUAAUAAUUUGUAUUUUCUCUUGGGCACACAACUAGAUUUAAUCUAAACAAUGGCUGAUGUUGAGGACAUUCAACCGCUUGUCUGCGAUAAUGGAACAGGAAUGGUGAAGGCUGGCUUUGCUGGAGAUGAUGCUCCUAGGGCUGUUUUCCCUAGUAUUGUUGGCCGUCCUCGUCAUACUGGUGUAAUGGUUGGGAUGGGGCAGAAAGAUGCGUAUGUAGGAGAUGAGGCUCAAUCAAAAAGAGGUAUUUUGACAUUGAAAUAUCCUAUUGAGCAUGGAAUUGUUAGCAAUUGGGAUGACAUGGAGAAGAUCUGGCAUCAUACCUUCUACAAUGAGCUUCGUGUCGCUCCAGAAGAACAUCCAAUUCUUCUCACUGAGGCCCCUCUUAAUCCCAAAGCGAACAGAGAGAAAAUGACACAAAUCAUGUUUGAAACUUUUGAUGUCCCCGCCAUGUAUGUUGCUAUUCAAGCUGUCCUCUCCCUUUAUGCUAGCGGGCGUACCACAGGUAUCGUAUUGGAUUCCGGAGAUGGUGUUAGUCAUACAGUGCCAAUCUACGAGGGAUAUGCCCUUCCACAUGCUAUCCUUCGUCUUGACCUUGCUGGAAGAGACCUGACAGAUUGCCUCAUGAAGAUUCUCACAGAGAGAGGAUACUCCUUCACAACUAGUGCUGAGCGAGAAAUUGUCCGUGACAUCAAGGAGAAGCUUGCGUAUGUGGCACUCGACUAUGAGCAAGAACUUGAGACUGCUAAGACAAGUUCAGCAGUUGAGAAGACCUAUGAACUGCCUGAUGGGCAGGUCAUCACCAUCGGGGCAGAGCGCUUCCGAUGCCCGGAGGUGCUCUUCCAGCCUUCACUUAUCGGUAUGGAAUCCGCAGGCAUUCAUGAAACUACAUAUCAGUCCAUCAUGAAGUGUGAUGUAGAUAUACGACGAGAUUUGUACGGGAAUGUUGUUCUAAGUGGCGGGUCGACAAUGUUCCCUGGCAUAGCGGAUAGGAUGAACAAGGAGAUCACUGCAUUGGCCCCCAACAGCAUGAAGAUAAAGGUUGUGGCUCCACCUGAAAGGAAGUAUAGCGUUUGGAUUGGAGGGUCUAUCUUGGCUUCUUUGAGCACAUUCCAACAGAUGUGGAUAUCGAAAGCAGAAUACGAAGAAUCGGGUCCUGCGAUUGUCCAUCGGAAGUGUUUUUAGAUGCUUUGCCUUUUUUGAUUAUACAUUAUGAUGUGUUCUCAGGAAGAUGAUAGCUGUUUGUUCUGGAUUGUUUUGUUUUUCUUUCGUAAGGGUUGUUGAUGGUUUCCUUGUUGCGUCAGACUGUUGGGAUAUAUGUAUAAUUUAGGUAUGCUUAAUUGAAAGUGAAAUGUGUUUUAAUAAUA